AUGGAAACUGACACCCUGCCUUCUCCCAAGAACUCUGGCAUAGAUGUAACAGAUCACACGCAGAAGAACAAUUCUGUGAAUAAGGAUCAACCCAGUGGUAACAAUGGCUACAGCUUCCUGCCACGGAUCACACCAUCCAUUGAAUCCACUGUGUCAUCUUCUCCUAAGACCAUCAAAGGAUCCGGAUCUGAUGUCCAACUGACCAACUGUCCUCUGGAGAGUCCACCAGCGACAUGCAAACCCUAUCAAGAGCCUUUGAAGACCAAGGCCCCUUGGGAUUCUGUGUCUGAUGGAAAGGUACACAAGACCAGAGUCGCUGAGAAUCUGAAACAGAUCGUUAUCAGUCCAGAAGCUGACUCUAACAUGGACAAGGACGCUGAUGAAUCCGGAUGUUUUACGAGCCUAAGCCAGGUCAACGGCGGCACGUCUAAAGUGAAGCUCAUUCACGUUCGUCCAGCUCCAGAUGCUAACUUGCCGAUUACGACCACUGGAGAUUCCACAUCUGAUACUGCAGUUACUAAGAUCCAAAGCCAGAAUAACAGUAGCACUCCAAAUGUGAGGGUCAUUCAAGUAAGACCGGCCAACGACCCUUACUUUAAGAUCGCUACUACCAGGGAAUCUAGACCUUCUGACCUGGCUUGCAGGAAUGGGAGUUCAACUAAGGCAUGCAACAACACCGUGACCAGCGCACGCCUCAUCACCGUGAAACCAGUGCAAGAGCCCCUGCAAACCAAGGUCAAUGAUGUAUCUGCUACAGGAGUCCAGAAGAUCCUUGAUGCUACGAACGCGGCUGUUACGGGAAUUAAAUCUACUUCCACUGAGAUCACAGUCUCCAAGCCAACGCCACCUUCCGUUGCAACGAAUGACGUGCUCCCGAUCAAGAACCUCGGACCUCUUGUCGACCCACUGAAGUGGCAGUACCCAGUUCCUCCUCCUAAGAUCCAGAACUGGACCACCGAGCCACUAGAGCUGUCAAAGAGCCCUCUCCCCAGCAGCGGACAAGGAGAAGUAUCUCUGAAAAAUCUCUUCGAUCUGAGCCAUAGACAUCCAACCUGUCCUGAAGAAUCAGAUACUGUUUCCAGAUCUCAAAACCUCGAUGUUGUUCCCGCGGCAAAUGGAGGAGAUUUUUCCAAGCCUUCCAAAAAGACCCGGAAGGAGCCUUCUAACAGACGAUUUCCAAAAUCAACCAACCCGGGAAUGACUCCAGACACAUCUUCUGAUAUCCAACAAACGGCUAUGGAUCUGAAAACAAAGAAGAAGCUCCUCAAACGUUUCCUAAAGCUCGCUCGCAGGCACAAGAACAAGCCUGCGAAGGCGGACUAG